UAAACAAACAGAAGCAUGCCGGCAGCGAGCUCACGCCAGUUUCUGUUCUUGUCCUUCAGUCUCUUUUAUCUGCUGAUCCAUGCACCUCGUGCCACCUCGCUCUCCUUUAGUUUCAACUUCUCCAGCUCCGGUGACCCAUGCGACGCCGAGCUUAGGUGCGAACGCGACGCGCAUAUGGGCCCCGGCAUGCUCGAGCUAACAAAGAACGAGAUCAGAGGUGACCCCUUCAGCGUCGGCCGUGCAUCAUACGCGCGUCCGGUGCCACUCUGGGACAACACCACCGGCGAGCUAGCCAGCUUCACCUCCAACUUCACUUUCCAAAUCAAGCCCAAAGACGAGACCUUCUACCACAGAUGUAACGGCAGCGGCGACGGAAUGGCUUUCUUCCUCGCGCACUACCCAUCGAUGAUUCCUCCAAACAGCUAUGGUUGGAACCUCGCCCUCUUCAACGACAGUAACAGCCUCAACGCCACCGGCGACGAUAGGGUCGUCGCGGUGGAGUUUGAUACGUUCUACAAUUCCCAGUGGGACCAUAGCCAAAACCAUGUGGGUAUUGACGUCAACUCAAUCAACUCCAAGGCCUACAAGAACGUGACCAAGGGCCUGGUCUCUGAAGACGCCAUUAUGACUGGCAUGAUCAGCUACAACAACCUCACAGGUAUCCUAGCAGUUUAUCUCCAGAUCGAUGACAGCGAACCAUAUAAUAUCACCUUGCCGGUGGACAUGAAGGGGAACUUGCCCGAGCAAGUGGCGGUCGGCUUCUCUGCGGCCACUGGCGACUGCAUCGAGCUGCACCAGGUGCUGUCCUGGUCGUUCAACUCCACUCUAGAAUCCAAGGCUACCACCGGAGGGCGACGCCGGCUAGUACCUGUGCUUGUGCCCGCGGCUGUAGCUUUUCUUGUGUUGCUAUGCACUGCCGUCGGCUGCCUUGUGCGCCGGCGACGCAUAUGGAAGAAGCUGAACGGAAUGACUGACGGCGAUUCUGAUGGAGAACGUGAGCACGCUGAAUUCGAGAGAGGGGUGGGUCCUAGAAGGUAUGGCUACCGCGAGCUCGCCGCUGCCACGAGUAACUUCGCGGAGGAGGAGAAGCUCGGCCGUGGGGGCUUUGGCAACGUGUACCGGGGCAGCCUCGGCGAUCAGGACUGCCUGGUGGCCGUAAAGAUGUUCUCUGCUGAGUCGUCGGUGCAGGGGAGGAAGGCGUUCGAGGCCGAGGUGAAGAUCAUAAGCCGGCUGCGGCAUCGGAACCUUGUGCAGUUGUUAGGCUGGUGUGACAGCCGCAGGGGUCUCUUGCUCGUCUACGAGCUUGUGCCGGAAGGCAGCCUUGACAGACACCUCUACGGCAGCUUGCUCAGUUGGUCACAGAGAUACAAUAUUAUCCUUGGCCUGGGCUCUGCACUGCGCUAUCUGCACACGGAGUGGGAUCAGUGCGUCCUGCACGGCGACAUCAAGCCCAGCAACAUACUACUCGGCCCAUCACACAGCACCAAGCUAGGGGAUUUCGGGCUGGCGAGGCUCGUUGACCACGGAGCCGGGUCGCGGACGACGCAGGUCGUGAUGGGCACGGCGGGGUACAUAGACCCGGAGUUCAUCCGCUCCCGACGGCCGAGCACCGAGUCCGACGUGUACAGCUUCGGCGUCGUGCUCCUGGAGAUCAUCACCGGACGGCGGCCGGAGAUGGAGCACCCGGACAGGGUCAUCCCGCUGCUGAAGUGGAUCUGGGACCUGUACGACAGAAACACGCUUCUGGAAGCGGUGGACGAGAGGCUGGCUGAAGGCAAGCUCGAUGACGCCGGCUGCAGCUGCGAGUGGCAGCUGCGGCGUGUGCUCGUUGUCGGGCUGUGGUGCGCGCACCCGGACCCGGGUGUGCGGCCGUCCAUUGUGCAGGCCAUGAACGUCCUGCAGUCCGAGGACGUGACGCUGCCGGUUCUGUCGCGGCAGGUCUAUAACAGGACUACGUCCGACUUUUCGCAUGGAUCGCGCGGCUACGAUUCGCCAGCGGCGGAAAAUAUUUGCAGGGACGACGAGUCGUGGGCGCUUAGCGGGGGCAGAUGAUGGAACUUGUAUGUGUUGGAGUGGAGGCAGUAUGUGAGGCCUACGGAAGAUGCAUGUAACUAUCGUAGUACUGUAAACCCCGUGCAUUUGCAUAGGCUAGGUAUGUUCUUUGCACUUAUAGCCGUAAGAACAAAAGUAUUAAAAUAGACGCAAUGCAAGGUUCAUUUCUUAGAUGAUUCAAGGUUUCUGAUGAC